AUGGCACGCGCCCCUAGUUACCGCAGCUCGUACCACGACCCGUAUGACGAGCUCGACGAGCUACCCACGUAUCCAGACGAGCAGGCGCCCUUUCCUCCUCGACCCAGGAGUCUCAAUGUCGAGGCAAAGAAGGACGGGCUCGCAGCUGGCGGACCGAUGACAGUCGAUCAGUUCGCUUAUGAGAUUGGCCGCCUCCGUAACGAAGUCGAGAAGCUCCCCUCCAGCACCGCUCGCACCGCAGAGCUUCGCGCUCAAGCGCUCGCCCUCGAUCCAGCCGACAACUCGCUCGUCGCCCAGUCGCUCCUCGCAGACCUCGCCGUCCAGACUUCCGCCGUAGUCGACGUCCUGCCCCCUCAGAUCGCCGAGACGCGCUCGUUGGCAAGCAAGGUAGCGGUACUGAAGCCUGCGGCGGGAAGGUUCCUCGUCACGGCGGGCGAGACGGCGGAACUCAAGGCUGAACUCGCAAGAUGCGCUUUGUCGCUCGAUUUGGCUAUCCAGCAGAUCAGCGACGGCGCCAAGACUGAGGAGAGUGACAAGCAGGAGGCGAGGGUGAGGCUGUUGAAGGUGAUCAAGGCGAAGCUGGGCGACCGCGGGACGGACGCCGAGCAGAUGAGCCUGCUUUUGACGGCGGAGAGGGAGGGCAGCGCGGCAAGGCCCGAGAAACUGAAGGCGCGUCGUCCUCGCCGGGGUAUUCCAACGGCCUCGCUGACGUUGUCUCGCAGCCUGGCUCGUUUGGCUGGCGGUGGACUGUCGAGCAUCCCUUUACCCGCCUCGAACAAGCGUGAGUCCGGAUUAUCGUCGACGGACGCCCCUCAACUGAGCUUCCGCUACUCCAGCGUCAAGAACAGCGGCGACGUGUCGUUCCUGUCGUCCCUCAAGAGCGCACCUACGCCCGCACCGUCCCUCUGGGCAAACCCCCUCUCCUACAUCCCCUCCUUCACCUCAGCCGCCAAACAACCAACAGGCUACGUCCCCCCCUCCGCCGCCGACACCAGCCUCACAGCAGCCGAAGAAGGCUCCUACGGCUCCCCUCUCGUCCCGCCUGCGCAAAAGCCCUCAAAGAGGUGGAUCAAGUGGGUGUUCUUGCUGUUGCUGUUGGCGGUCGUUGGGUUGGCGGUGGGAGUGACCGUGUAUCUGGGGAAGAGGGUGGACGAGCAUGCGAAUGGGGGAGACGAGACGGCGGCGGCGGUGCCGGCGACGCCGACAGUCAUUCUGGGUGCGCCGGGUCAUGCGAUUCCGCUCAUGUCGUAG